CUUCCGUUCCAGGUGACUCCCAUUUCCACACUGACAGCAGUUUUGUUGCUCGAAGCCACAGUCUAGUGUGUGGAGAGCGCAGUUAGUUGAUACAACAGCAUUAGCGAUUACUGCUAGUUAGUCAGUAGGAAUUGUCCGGGAGUCACUAAUAUGUCUUAAGAGGUUAUUAUGUAGUAUGAAGAAAUUAAAGAGACUCGCAUCCUGACGUCCACAUUGUGGCCAGUCUCGCUCUGUCGCGGCGUCGGUGACUGACAUGGACGCUAGUGACAAUAAGGAUGUGAAGCUUUCAGCCGAAGUGGAACCAUUCAUCCCACAGAAGAAAGGUUUUGAAGGAUCCCUAAUCAGCAUGAGUCUCUCUGGAGAGGUGGGCAGUGGAGGGGGUGGAGGCAGCGGAGGUGUGGAAACCACUCCCAUCCCUAGUUACCUCAUCACCUGCUACCCUUUUGUCCAGGAGAACCAGCCCAACAGGCAACAUCCUAUGUAUAAUGGAGGGGAGCUGCGCUGGCAGCAGCCUAACCCUACCCCUGGUGCUCCAUACCUGGCCUACCCUAUCUUGUCUUCCCCCCAGCCUCCUGUCUCCAGUGACUACGCUUACUAUCAGAUUAUGCCUGCUCCAUGCCCACCUAUGAUGGGCUUCUAUCAGCCCUUCCCUGGCACCUAUGCAGGUCCUGUGCAAGCUGGAGUGGUGAGCCCUGUGUCAGCAGAUGUUGGUGAAAGACCACUGCCCCUGGGGCCAGCAUAUGGGAUUACCAAUCAGAGGGGAAGAGGCAUGGUCCGACCUAAUGUUCUCCCAAAGCAACAGUUGAGUGUGUGCCAGCCUUCAAGGAGUCGCCGACCUCCAACCAGGAGUGUAGCUGUGCAAAAGGAGGUGUGUACCUUGGGGCCCGAUGGUAGGACUAAGACAGUCAUGCUUGUGGAUGCAGCACAGCAGACAGAUUUCCCAGGUGAGGUGUCAGGGCGGUGUGCUGCUGAGCAGGCUAGCCCCCUGCUGUGGAAGAGCCAUACAGAACGAAGACGGGCAUCCCAUCCAGCUGAAAGCUUCAGCGAGCAGGCUGCCAGUGAGGCAGAUGUAGACAGUGAUAGUGGCUACUGUAGCCCCAAACACAACCAGGCAACUGGAGCUACACAACGGAUAACCGAGAAUACACCAGCACCCGUGGCGGUAGAGGCUGGUGUAAUGACAGGUACCUGGGUAAAUGUAGCCUCUCAGGCUACCCCAAAGCCUUGGGGGGACAGGAAUGGUCAUUUUCACAGAGCAGACCAGAGGAAGAACCCUGAACAGAGAAACUUCUCCCAGGAUUUCCACAGUGGCUAUCCAGGGCGCGUGCCACCCAACCAGACGGAGCAGAGGAUACAGCCAACAGUGGUUGUGGGUGCUGAGCUCACUUCAGAGCCCCUCUAUUUUGAGGAUGAAGAUGAGUUCCCAGAUCUCACCACUGGAGGAGCUGUCCAACGCAGCAACAAACCAGAAUCUGCUUCAGCGCAGACACACACGCAGCCUAAACUACCCAAAAACCUGCUGGACAACCUACCAGAAAACUCCCCUAUCAACAUUGUGCAGACACCCAUCCCCAUUACCACCUCUGUUCCCAAGAGGGCCAAGAGCCAGAGGAAGAAGGCUCUGGCUGCUGCCUUGGCCACUGCACAGGAGUACUCUGAAAUCAGCAUGGAACAGAAGAAAUUACAGGAGGCAUUCACCAAAGCAGCAGGGAAGAAGAGUAAAACCUCUGUUGAGCUGGACCUGGGAGACAUGCUAGCAGCGUUGGAGAAACAUCAGCAGGCAAUGAAAGCCAGGCAGCUCACUAAUACCAAGCCAUUGUCUUUUACAGUUGGAACAGCCACUCCAUUCCAUAGAUCGGGCUCAACCAAUGUGCCGUCCAUGACAAAGUGUCAUCAGCAGCCAUGCUCAGCUCCACAUAACCCACUGGAUUCCACUGCACCCCGUAUCAAGAGAGGGAAGGAGAGAGAAAUCCCCAAAGUCAAACGGCCAACAGCCCUUAAGAAGAUUAUCUUGAAGGAACGUGAAGGGAAAAAAGGCAAGGUGACUGUAGAACAGGAGUCUUCAGGCCAGGAGGAGCAUGGGGAUGAAUGUCUACCCUUUACUGAUGACCUUACACGAGAGUCUGCCUCCCAAGAAGAGAAUGGUCUGAGUCUGCCCAGUGAUACGUCCCUUUCCCCAGCCAGUCAAAACUCUCCAUAUAGCAUCACUCCAGUAUCCCAGGGCUCUCCUGCCAGCUCUGGCAUUGGGAGUCCCAUGGCUUCCAACGCCAUCACCAAGAUCCAUAGCCGACGUUUCAGAGAGUACUGUAACCAAGUUCUAAGUAAAGAGAUCGAUGAGAGCGUGACUCUGCUAUUGCAGGAACUUGUUCGCUUCCAGGAGCGGGUCUACCAGAAAGAUCCCACCAAGGCCAAAUCUAAGCGCCGCCUGGUCAUGGGUCUUAGAGAGGUCACUAAGCACAUGAAGUUGCAUAAGAUUAAGUGUGUCAUCAUCUCUCCUAACUGUGAGAAGAUCCAGGCCAAAGGUGGUCUGGAUGAAGCUUUAUAUAAUGUAAUUGCCAUGGCUAGGGAGCAGGAGAUCCCAUUUGUGUUUGCCUUGGGCAGAAAAGCUCUCGGCCGCUGUGUCAACAAACUAGUGCCUGUCAGUGUGGUUGGCAUUUUCAACUAUUGUGGAGCUGAGGGUCUCUUCAACCGUUUGGUGUCACUGACUGAAGAGGCUAGGAAGGCCUACAAGGACAUGGUGUCAGCCAUGGAGCAGGAGCAGGCCGAGGAGGCUCUGAAAAAUGACAAAGUCCCACACCACAUGGGUCAUUCCCGCAACCACUCUGCUGCUUCUGCCAUCUCUUUUUGCUCCAUCUUCUCUGAGCCGAUCUCGGAGGUCAAUGAAAAGGAGUACGAGACUAACUGGAGGAGUAUGGUGGAGACUUCAGACGGCCUGGAUCCUGUGGAGGCUGAGCAAAGUCGCCCUGCACCUUCCACAGCUGCCCAGAGGGACAGUGAGGCCACCACCAACCCUGCCCCACCGGGCUCCGCCGCUCUCCAGCCCAGGGCAGGGCCCCAGACACAGGGUUCCGGUGAGAGAGAUGAGGUGCGGGUUGACGACCGGCUGGAACUGGCCUCUCAGCAGAGCACGGAGACGGGCUCAUUGGAUGGAAGCUGCAGGGGCCCACUGAACUCUUCUAUCACCUCCACCACUUCCACCCUGGUCCCGGGGAUGUUAGAAGAGGCAGAGGAGGAAGAGGAGGAGGAGGAAGACUACGCUCCUGAACCUAUUUCUCUGGAGGUGCCCACUCUCAGCAGCCGGAUUGAAUCCUGGGUGUCAAAGACCCUGGAAAACCUGCAACUGGGAAAGAACCAGGAAAGUACAGAUGAGGAGGAGGAAGACAAUGAAGAGGAGAGAGGGCAGAGUGAGGAUGAGGAGGACCUUGAUUCAGAGGACAUCACGGAGCUGAGGGUGGCGGGCCAAGAGCAAGCAGAGGUUAAGAAGGUCACCGGGUGAGAUCAAGUCUUCCCCUCCUCCUCCCUCUGUUCUUACACACUGUUUCCCCCCCAUGCUCUGUUGCUCUCACGCAUCUCUCUUCACAGCAACCAGCAGCCUUUCCCUUCUGUCUUUAACCCCUGACACCAGACAUAAUCUCAGGUAUCCAGCAAACUGACCAACACUCACACACAGUUUAUUAACACAGAGAAACUGACCAACUUAUAAACAAACAGGGUUGUAGACCAAACGACAGCUAACACAGCUGGAGGGGUAGUAAUUUACACCAACACUUCUUUAAAAAAACACAAAAAAAAAAACCAAGUUGUAAUUUAAAACUAUGCCCUCAUGUCUUCGGCCCAUAACCUGCUACACUUGAAUUCAGAAGGACGUUUUUGAUUUUCCUUCUUCAAAACAGAAGAGUCUAGGACUGUUCUGGGAGCAAGUGAUAAGUGCUUAAAAGCUUUGAGCUGCUACUCUCUGUAGUUCACAGAGAAGGAAGGAUGGAACCAUGCAGCUCCCAUUUAACAUUAUUCAGAGCUCUGCAUG